ACAAACGAAGUUGAAUUUAAUGUUACCAUGUUAUCCAAAACAAGAAACAAGGGAUUAGUCAUUAGGACAAGCUACAAAGAUUUUCGAAAUUAAUCAGACACGGAAUCAUUAUCUGGGCACGAAACAAUCUGAUUGGUCCUCCAGAUAUCCCCUUCACCACAUUUCUUCAUUAUUACAUUUAUGUUGACUUUCCGGUGGCGCCACACAAAAACAAAACACUACAAAACCCCCAAGAAAAAAAAUAAAAAAAAAAAGAAAAACCAACGGCCCUCAUCGCUCGAUCCCAAAAAUCGCGACCAUGCUCAACCUCAACUUUAACGCCACUGCUGCACCACUGCUGCUCUCUCGAUUCUGAAACGCUACUCCGGUUUAAGGUAGCUGUUUUUUUUUUCCGACAAGAUGGAGAUCGCGUUGGCCUCGGUAGCUCCGAAACCGCCGGUGACGGCGUGGUUUUUGAGUCCCGGCGGCGGCUUGGGAGGUGGUCAUCAUCAUCUUGCUAUGCCGGUGACGGCGAGGAGGAAGAAGAAUAGGUGCGGGAUUGUGAGGGCGGAGAGUAAUAUCGGCGGCGGCGGAGAAGUGGUGGAGAAUGGGGAGAGGGAGAGUGGUGGCGGGUACAGGGUAUCGGGUAUGGAGGUGACCACAUUCAAUCAGAGCUUCAAUAAUGAUGCUGCUGCUGCUGCUGAUUUCCCUGUGUGGGAUAAGAUUGGUGCUAUUGUCAGACUCGGCUAUGGAAUCGGAAUAUACAGCGCAAUGGCUUUGGCGGGAAGAUUUAUAUGCUCCAUUUCGGGGAUCGAUUGCAACGGAGGAUUCGAUCUAUCGUUGGACGCCAUUGUUAACGGAUUGGGAUAUGCUUCUCCUCCAAUUAUGGCCCUUCUUUUUAUACUUGACGAUGAAGUUGUGAAGCUAUCUCCUCAUGCUCGUGCAAUCAGGGAUGUCGAAGAUGAGGAGCUACGUAGCUUUUUUUACGGGAUGUCCGCUUGGCAGUUUAUGCUCAUAGUUGCAGCAAGCUCUGUAGGAGAGGAGCUCUUUUACCGUGCUGCUGUACAGGGAGCAGUAGCGGAAAUAUUUCUCAAGAGUGGGGAUUUGGUUGCUGAUGCUCGAGGAAUGGCAUCACUGGCUGGUGUACUUCCGCCGUUUGUCCCGUUUGCGCAGGCAUUUGCUGCUGUUAUUACAGCUGCUCUUACCGGUUCGCUUUAUUACAUGGCUGCUUCUCCUGAUGACCCUACCUAUGUAGUCGCACCGGUUCUUAAAUCGCGCUCUGCUCGUGAAGAUCUCAGAAAACUCUUUGCAGCUUGGUACGAAAGGAGGCAAAUGAAAAAGAUAUACUCCCCUCUGCUCGAAUCACUUUUGGCACUGUAUCUAGGGUUUGAAUGGAUUCAGACGAACAACAUUCUAGCGCCAAUCAUAACGCACGGUAUAUACUCGUCCGUUAUUCUGGGGCAUGGUCUAUGGAAGAUCCACGAUCAUCAGAGAAGACUACGCCAAAGAGUACACAGCCUUAAACAACAAGGAAAAUCUUCUUCUUCAAGAAAAUUGUGAGAUCUAUCUUCUUGUGGAGUUACGCUAGCUUUUUUUUUUUUUUUUUAUAUAAUGCAGGAUUUGUAUAAAUUGCACAGCAAAGCUUGCUAGAUAUAUACUAGCUGAAAAUAGAGGUGUAGCGUGUAUAUGUAUAGAACAAUCUGAAUGUGAUGUAAAUUUACGAGAGAUACAGUGUACGGAUAAUUUCCUGCUACUUGUACAUGACAAAUGAGAAAAACAAAAAAUACUUUAGUUGAUCA